AUGAGCAUUUUGGUAACAGCGAUUAGAUCAGGCAAUUUAGAGGUGGUGAAGGAAAAAUUCGCCAGACCAGUAAGUUUUAUGACCAUGCAUUUUAAAUCACUUUGUUGUCUAUCUUUACGAUUUAAGCAGCCGCAAAGUUAUUUCGAAUGGCGGAUUUUAUUGUUACUGAGUUAAACAUUUAUACUUCUUUUCCUGUCUAUAAUUGAUAAAGACAAUAUUAUUUUCAGUUAAAACACAAGGUGUAUUCAAGAAUAUGUGAAGUAAUCUUGAGACGACGAUUGCUUUUUUGAUUGCGCUGUGUAUACAAUAAAUCAAAUCUUUGGGCGUUGAAUGUUAAAAUCCUUGGUUACCAGCUAAAUAUCUAAAAAAAAAACUGCCGUGACACGAUUUAGACUUUUUUCCUCUAUGCUUAGGGUAGCCAGGUAAACACACCCAUUCAACAUGGACGCAGCCCCCUUCACAUUGCUAUACAGGCGGGCAAGAUGGACGUGAUGAAAUAUCUUGUAGCCAAAGGCGCCGACGUAAACGUAAGUUGUUUACUAGAGUUCAUUUGCAAAGCUUUAGAAACAGUAAAACGCAACAGCGACCACUUAUGGUUCUGUCUAAACAGCAAUGAUCUUAGUGUCGCGCCUUUGAUAGGGGGAUCAAUUCGGCGAUAAUUGAUAAGAAGUUACCCCGCCGAGAACUUUGAACAGUAUUUUGAAAUAAAAGAAAACACAAAUUGAAGGAAAAAAUGCAACUUUUGAUCUUGAAAAUAGGGCAAUUAUUUUGUCAACACGACUCUAAACAGACAAAAUUUGCAUUUCAUUCAACAUCAUGACCCCCUGUCGACCUUUCACGACGCAUAUUAAUAAACGCAAUUUCUUAUUCAAAUACACUGUUAACUACGGCAGGAGCCAUAGAUUCAAAUUGGUCCCUAUCAGUUCAUGUUAGCUUUCAGAGGAACGUUUAACGACUUACAAUCUAUGUCUAUCAUCGACAAUCAGUCAUUAAUUAAUUAUAGAUGUCACUAAAGUGAAAUAAGUUACCUAAUUACUGAUGCAUUAACUUGGAUGGAUGAAACUUAUAUCGCGUCACAGACGGAUGAAAUCCUUACUACAUUUCUGUCAAAAAUUUUUUUUCACCUAGGCUCUUUUACAAACAUAUUGUAUUUCUUGGAGAUUCCUGUGAUAAACAGGACCUAACUCCUUACUUUUCAGCAUCAAAAUAAAUAAUGCAUUUAUUAUGAGACAAAAUCACGUUAUCAACUAAUCAACCAAGCGGGACACUUGGAUACCUUCCUGUAGUAAAGUUCGUUUGAAGAAAGCUAUUGGGUCAGCUAUUUCUCUGUGAACCAUUCAAUGACACAAUGCUAACAAAUCUUUCAACUAUGCCAUGAUACUAAAAAGAGGCACAGUACUUUCAAAGCAUACCGUAAAAUUCCGAAUAUAAGCCCCGGGGCUUAUAUUUUUCAAAGGCCCUUUUUGAGGGGCUUAUAUUUGGAGGGACCUAUAUUCGGAGGGGCUUAUGUACGGAGGGAAAUUUGCGUUUCAAAAUCGAUUGGGCUAGCCUGUACUGGCAAGGAAAUUUACCAUUUUUGCUUUGUUUUACUUUGUAUUCGAGGGCAAAUUCCAAAUACAAGCCCCCCCGGGGGGCUUAUAUUCGGAGGGGCGAUUUAACGGAGGGUUUUUUGUGUUACGAUUUUGGGGGGCUUAUAUUUGGAGGGGCUUAUACAUGGAGGGGCUUAUUUUCGGAAUUUUACGGUAUUUUAAAUGACGUGUGGUAGUUACAACAGUGAGCUCUCUUUGCUAAGUCCAACACUCUAGGAGAGUUGGACCCUAAAGUUAGAAAUAAAGGAAUGGAACUCAGCUGAGAUCAUCCGUUCGCCUUAGCGUGGUAAACGCUCUAUGAAGAGUCUUGAUACAAAAAGACACUACACAAAUAAGUCUUAGAGGGCACCGGGUGACUUUGAUGUUCGCUUUAUUACAGAAAGCUUAAUUAUAGACAAACCCCUGACCAGAUAAAACUCUGCUCACACCAGAAAACCAAUGGUGUCUAUCAAAGAGGGGCUUAAGACAAGAGACAGGGUCCCCAAUAGCGUUCUUCAAUCCCGUAAUCCCGACCCAAAAUUUCGCGCACUCCCGUAAUGCCGAGGGUCAUUUUUGGCAUUCCACCUUCCGCGCAUUCGUUCAAUCUCAAAUCCCGCUUUUCAAGUAAGGACAAUCCCGAAUACUGAGCUUUAAAUAAGGGAAAUCCCGGAUCCCGAAAAAACUACCCUCAAGAAAGAGUGAACCACUGAUGUUACCUCAGAGCGGUGUUCACUUAGACACAGGCAAACAAACGAAACUCAGCGGAGGCUACAGGGAUUUUCGUGUGACCUUGAAAUGAAAACGUGCGAACAAAAUAUAAACAACAAACGAACUGAAAUAGAGCGAUUUGAUUGGUUUAUCCAACGGAUACAAACACGCGUGGUUCGGGUGAAAAAACUUCAUGCCCGAGAACUUUUUAGAAAUAAAUCGAUAUUUCGCUUUGACGUCAUACUGUAACACGAUUGGCCAAUCGAACAAUGACCUGUCCAUAUUAGGGUUUUGGUGGGAAAACGAAGAGUCCGUGUUUUGAUCUUUUCAUCCAUUGGCUGAUAAAACAAAUAACGAACAAUUACCGAAACCAUUUGUCAAGGUCAUACGAAAAUACGGAUAUUGGCCCUAGAAAGGUGUCCGUCUAAUAGACAGCGUCUGACACGUGACAGUAGGAAUAAUAAUACGUCAACACAGAAUUAAGAUUUCUCAAUAUAUGCAAGAUUAGCUUGAAAUGAGGCGAUGUUUCCGUUUGCUAUUGAGUGAAUUUAAAGGUCAAUAUUCUCUCAUUAAUUAUUUUGCAGCUAUCUGACGAAGAUGACUGCUCACCUCUAUAUUACGCAGUGCUGGACAAUAACGAAGAGGUUGUUCAAUAUUUGCUUCAAAUGGUGAGUUUGCAAUAACUGUAAUGAGGAGGAAUCCUAAAUGGGGGAAAUCAUGUUUUAUUUUGUUGCUCAAGAACUACAGAGGUCUAGGACGCGUGGUGGGUGCUUUCAAGAUAUAAAAAUCUUAUUUAAGCUAUGUGCUCGGAACAGUUACCGUUAAGGUUUAUUUCCCGAUUCGUCGGCUCAAAGCUUUCAAAAAUACUCACGCAGAUAAAACCUGAAUUUUGACAUAUUUUACUUUUCAGGGCGCAGACCCUGAUGGUGAGGAUCCGGAUGGCAAUAAACUUAUCAACACCACCAGCAACGAGAAGAUAAAAAGCAUGUUGAAGAACGUUUAGAGUGUCAUAAGGAAUUUUCGCAAUAGAGCAACUUGUGACAUUAGGCCUUAACGUCAUGAAGGCCUAGAAAAUCGUGAUGUCUUCUGUAACAGUUGGUAGAUAAACUUGUACUGUUACAGUUUCCGCUACGAUGUCACAAAGUUAUUUAAAAAAACCAUUAUGUAUUUCAUAGCAGUGGGUUUUUAAUUAAAAUAGAGCAGCUGGUAAACAGUAACAGCAUAUGCGGCAUAGUUUCUUGAAGGUG